GAAUCAUCCCAGCCAGCAGCCACAUCGUUCCAAUUUGUUAUCAUCUUCUCCAAUCCAAUCGCGCCACAGAACAAAAACCUAAGCAAAACAACAGGGAAUCCCCCAACACCCUCAAUACUCCCCAUAGCCAUGGAGAUCGCUUCCACUACCCUUUCAGUUUCCAGGCCGCCGCCGCUUUCUUUGCCCAUUUCUUCUUCCACCUCCGCCUUCUUCAACACCGCUGGAGUCUCCCUCUACAGUACGCCCAAGAGAUGCAGCUCUCUGUUCAUGGGCAGGGUUAGAACCCACAGACCCAAAAAGGGCAUGGGUUGCUAUGCUCUGUUCGGUUUGGGCGUUCCGGAGCUUGUCGUGAUUGCUGGUGUGGCAGCUCUGGUUUUCGGUCCCAAGAAGCUCCCCGAAGUUGGCAAGAGUAUUGGUAAAACUGUCAAGAGCUUCCAACAGGCAGCAAAAGAGUUCGAGACUGAGCUCAAAAGGGAACCUGAAGAGACCACUACAGAGACACCUGCAGCAAUCAGUGAAGAAAAGAAGCCGCAGCAGCAAGAUCUUGAAGUAUGAAGCUCAAAGGAUAGCGUAUGAGCAUCGUAUAAGCAUAUGUAGUUGCUAUGUUUUUGCACGAAAAUCCGAUUGUUGUAGCAAUGUGUUGUGAACGCCACCCUGUUCUCGAGUUGUAGAAUGAAUCCACGUGUAUCCUUUCAUCCAAGAAUUCAGGGACAGGAUCAUUCAUCUUUGAUGUGGAACCUUGGUAGGAAGUUUAGAAGUCCUUAUGGACACGUGAGGCUUAAAUAUGAAAUGAAAUGGAUACCACUUGAUAUGGUGUAGAUGUUCUCGACCCUGCCUAGAAGAAGUAUGAUUUUACAGCCGGCAGCGAUAAUUUAGAAUUGCUCAGCUUGGGAAGUUUCCUUCUAUAUGCUCAAGAAAAGUUGAGCUAGAUCUUUGUUUCCAUGAUGCUUUUAUAGAAAGGGGAAAUGUAUCCACAAUGGGUGUGACAAACACUAUAAAUAAAGUGUCCUUAGCGAU